AUGUUGUCUCAAGGAGAAUCAGCAACCACCAUCUUGUGUUCGUGUAAACAAACGAGAUUCCAUAUUGAGAAUCCAGUUUAUCAGGAGCUCGAUAUUGAAGGUUUAAAUAUCACGGUUACAUCUUCGGGUAAAUCAGGUGUGAAAUCAAAGGGAAAAUCUAAAGCAGAAGGUCUUGAGAUUCUAUCCAAUGCGAGUUUGAAACUCAAAGCUGGAAUAUGCUAUGCAUUGAUUGGAAGAAAUGGCACAGGAAAAUCGACUUUGUUGAAGGCCAUUGCGGAGAAAUUGAUCCCUGGUAUUCCUGUACAGACUAGGAUAUCUAUCUUGCAGCAAACAGAUGCAGAUUCAAAAGAUACCGGUGGCGAAGGGAGUAGUGAGUCUGAAGAAACGGGAGGAAGUAAGCUGUCAGUAUUGGCAGAAGUUAUCGACAAAGCUACUUCAAGAAGUGAAAUUCAACAUGAAGUUGAUGUAUUGUCCAAGGCUGUGGAUAGUCAUGAAGAUGCAUUGUCACCUAUACGGGCAUUUCGGAAAGUACAGCAUGAAAGGCUGAAGAAGGAAUUAUUCGAGAAAGAUAAGGAUGCCAGACUCAGAAGUGGAACACGUGGUAUGGCAGCAAGAAAAGCAUUGAUUGCCUUUGAGAAGAUUGUUGCGGAUUCUGAGGAACGAAUUAAUCAAAAAGAUGAAGAAAUUGACGAAACCACAAUCAAAGAAGAGACAGACCUAGCAGCAGAACUUCUUGCAGAGUUACAAUUACAGCUAGAGCCCACCAGACUAGCCGACAUCGAAUCAAAAGCACGAAAUAUCCUCUCCGGUCUAGGAUUUCCCAAAGCAAACCUGGACAAACCAGUCAAUACCCUAUCCGGAGGAUGGAAAAUGCGUACAAAUCUCGCUUCGAUCCUUCUCCAACCAACAGACAUUUUAAUCCUCGACGAGCCCACCAAUUUCCUCGAUCUCCUUGGAAUCAUCUGGCUACAAAAAUAUCUCGAAACUCUCAAGGAAUCUACCCCCACUCCCCAAACCAUUGUAAUCGUCUCUCACGAUCGCGAUUUCAUCACCGCCACAUCUCAAGAACUUAUCAUUCUCCGCAGCCAAGCUCUGACUUAUUUCCGUGGAUCUUUGUCUACAUACGAAUCCACCAUCCGCGAAAAAACUCUCUAUCUAACCCGUAUGCGCGACGCUCAAGAGAAGCAAAAAUCGCACAUCCAGCAAACCAUUCAGCAAAACAUCAAACAAGGAAAAGCAGCCGGCGAUGAGAAUAAACUCCGCCAAGCUAAAUCUCGUCAAAAGAAAUUAGAUAAUCGAAUGGGCAUGGAGGUGUCCGCUAAAGGAACUCGGUUCAAACUCAAUCGCGACCUAGCUGGCUACCAUUUGACAGCCAGAGAAGAAAUCGAGAUUCCACCCGAGGAAAGAGGUAUCUCGAUGAUGAUACCUCUAGCACCCGAUUUACGAUUUCCCGGCCCAUUGCUCUCAUUAGAAAACAUCUCAUUCCGCUACCCAACUUCCGGGUCUCCAAAAAGCACCACCACACCCGCACCAUUCGUUUUAGAAAACGUAAACCUCACCAUCCACAUGGGCGACCGCAUCGGAAUCGUCGGCCUCAACGGCGCCGGAAAAUCCACCCUUCUCUCUCUCCUCACCGAAACCGCUAAACCCACCAAGGGAACCCUCACCAAACAUCCUCGUUUACGACUAGCAUACUACUCUCAAAACUCGGUCGAAGAUCUGCAAGUUCUCUCGCACAACACUCCAGAGCUAACGGCUCUCUCUCUUCUAACUUCCGAUAUCGCCGGUGUGCUCUCGGAGCAGGAAAUCCGCGGGAUCCUAAAUGGUUUGGGUCUGCAGGGACGAAUUGUCUCGGAUGUUCCAACUGGUAAGUUAUCUGGUGGUCAGCUUGUGCGGUUGGCGUUGGCGAGAUUGGUGUGGAAGGAACCGCAAUUGUUGGUUCUCGAUGAGGUGACGACGCAUUUGGAUUUUUGGACGGUGAGAGCGGUGGGAGAGGUGAUGAGGGGGUGGAAUGGGGGGGUUGUGGUGGAAAGUAGUGGAGGGGUGGAAGGAGGGGAGGGAGAAGAGGAGGAAGAUGAGGAGGAUGAGGAGGAUGAGGAACAGAGGAGGAGAUUGGUUUAUGUUGUUAAAGGUGGUGGGGUAAAGGUGUUAGAGGGAGGUGUGAGUGAGUUUGAAAGGAGUUUGGAGAAGAGAGUUGAUAAGUUGAUGAAGUGA